AAGCCCUGUUCACAGAAAAAAAAAAAACUACCUCUCCCCUUUGUCUAUUGUCUGGUGUGGGGUGGCAGCCAAUGGGUUGGUCUAUGUUUUGUGUGGAGUGUGUGUUGGGUGGGUUAAAGACUAGCAGUGAGGACCUGAGCAGGUAUACAGCAAAAUCUCUUGCUCAGUCUCAGUCAUGAGCACAGCUUGAUACAGACAAGCAAAGGCCAGGGACUGAGGAGAAGCAACUAGAUGCAGAAUGAUGAGGUGGUGGAAAUUCUCAGAAACCAGUCUGGAGGAGUCACAGUGCAUGCAUUGUGGCCCUAUAGGCUCCUCCAGGUUUCCACAGCGUGUGUUAUGGGGCAGCCUCACUGUCACAUUGCUCAUUGUUAUCAUUGCCCUUAUUGCCCUCAUCCUCACUGGGAAGUUCACACUCCAACCAGACACGCAGUCUUCAUUGCAGGUUGUGCGUAUCAUAGCUCCUGACCACCCUGCUGCUCUGAUCAAUCAGUCUGCAGUAGUGGACAAACACAACAGUGUAGUGACAUACUCGGUCACCUCACACACAAAUCACACGUCUACAGUGCUCUUUGACAUUAAACAUGGGUUAAUAUGCUACAAGCCUGACAACCAGGACAGCUGCUUUCUUCGUCAAAUGGAGACAUCUGAUUAUGAAAACAUGCACAUUCUCUUGAAUGAGUCCAAACAACAGGUUAAUCAGAUCUGGCUGAUGGGAAACGAGACUCAGAGACACACUGAGUUUUUAGGUGUUUUGUCAGGUCAUCGUGUGGAUGCUUCAGUACUACAGCAACCACUGCAGGCCCUCUGUCAGCACAAGCCUGUGUACUGGACCAGGAGAGCUAGUGGUCCCAAAGAACGACUAAUUUACUUCUGCAUUGACAUCUGCUUCCCCAACAACAUUUGCGUCUCUGUGUGUUUCUACUACCUGCCAGAAUGAGCUUCUGUUCUGAGUGUGUGAGCACACGGAACGGAAACACACGUCUCCUCCGUUAUGGAAGCACAUUCAAUGUUGCUAUCAGUGAGACAAACUGGUGAAGCCACACACACAAUUUGACUAAGGAAACAGAUGAAUCCAGUCAUGUUAUCUACAAUGUCCCUUUUUAAAAUAGUUUUCCAUUCAGAGACUUGUUGCUGCUUAUAUUAUAUUUGUGUAACCUGAUACAGAUGAGUAACUGAAAGCACUGCUGAGCUACAA